GCACGAACCAGCUCCCGCCAGGUACGUACCUCAUCGAUAGGCUGCCCUGCCGCGUCAAGAGGGAAACUGGGCUCAGCAGCGGGCAGCCUCAAGCAGUUUCCAUCUUCAACUUUAACUUCCAACAUUUCAACUUCGAUUGAUACCCCCGCGAGUCACAUAUUCGGAAGGAAUCCAGGAUUGAUAGUGAACACACCAUCUAACCCACAAUAUUAACCACACAGUGGACGGCCAUCAUGAACGUCGACACCAUCUCCGACUUUCUCGCCGAGCAGCGGGAUAACACCAUCGAUGAGCUCCAGGGUCAUGUCCUGGAGUUCGAGACGUUAUGGGAGCGCAAGCUCUGGCACGAGCUCACCAACAACCUCAUCGAGUUCUUCAACCACCCCAGGAGCGCCCCCCAACGCCUACAAUUCUACAAGGUCUUCAUCUUGAAGUUCGCCGACAGAAUCAACCAACUCAAGCUCGUCGACCUCGCCCUCAAAGCCGCCACACAAUGCCGAGACAAUAACGAGCGCCUCGCCUUUAUGCAAUCCGUAGCGACCAGAGUCGACAAGGAAAACUCCCAAGACGCCCACGUCUUCGCCCUCAUCGCCGUCGCCCGCGUCAAGCUCGACCUCGAAGACCUCCCCGGCGCCCGAAAAGAUCUCGACAAGGCCGAAUCCAUCCUCGACAAGUUCGACUCGGUCGAGACUAUCGUUCACUCCUCCUUCUAUCACGCCCAGGCGGAUUACUACCAAGCCAAGCAAGACUUUGGCGCCUACUACAAGAACGCCCUCCUCUACCUAGCCUGCAUCGACGUCAAGAACCUCCCGUACGAGGAGCGCCGCCACAGGGCACACGACCUCGCCAUCGCCGCGCUCGUGAGUGCCUCCAUCUACAACUUUGGCGAGCUGCUCCUCCACCCUAUUCUGGAUGCGCUCAAGGAGAGGGAGGAGGACAAGUGGCUGAGGGACCUGGUGUUUGCGUUCAACAAGGGGGAUCUGGUGCAGUAUGACCUGCUGGCCAACCAGAUCCAGGCUCAUCCUCUGCUGGCGGCGCACUCUAAUAAGCUCAGAGAGAAGAUUUACCUCGCUGCGCUUACCGAGGCGGUGUUUAGACGUCCCCCUCACGACAGGGCCAUGUCGUUUGACACGAUUGCGUCAGAGACAAAGGUCAAGCCACACGAGAUUGAGCAUCUGAUCAUGAAGGCGCUUAGUCUGGGGCUGUUGAGGGGGACGAUUGACCAGGUGGAUGAAGUGGCGCAUAUCAACUGGGUGCAGCCCAAGGUGUUGGAUAUGACGCAGAUUGAUAACAUGAGGUCGAGGUUGAAGGAGUGGGAUUCCAGUGUGGAGCAGCUGGGCAACUGGAUUGAGAAGGUCGGGCAGGACGUCUGGGCUGCUUAGUCGGAUCUUAGACGGGACAAGACGUUGAUGGAUGAGGAGUGAGAGAGAAAAGAAACAGCGAGCUUCGAUGCUGGGCUAGACUGGCGUGUGGAAAUCAUGGCAUAGAGUAGUAGCCUUGUACAACGCUUGACGUAAUUAGACAAAUGAUGAAAGUCUGAGCGUUUUAUGAUCUUAUACA